AUGACAAGCACACCUAGUAAUGAGGUGAUUGAACAAUUGAAUCAGGCCCGUAAUUUAGCGUUUUCGAGUAAAGAAACAUUUCCACAGGUAUUAAGACAAAUCUUGCAAUUUGCAAGCAAUCCAGAUAUCCAGAUCCAAAGAUGGUGUUCUAAAUUCUUUAAGGAAUCGUUUUUGGCUGACGAAACAGUGUUAAGCAGAGCCGAUAAGGUUGACUUGGCGAUAGACUCGAUCGACAGUUUGAUAAUCUUGUUAGAAAUUCGUGAUGCGGAAAUAUUUAAAGAUUGUAUUGAUACAGCGAUAGUAGUAUUUAGACUAGUAUUUCGCUACGUUGCUGAAAACGAUGGAUGUGGUGAUGUAUGGCAGAAAUUGAAUGAGUUAAAGAAUACGUUAACUAAUAAGUUUCAAAGCACAUUUCCUCUAGCACCAUCUGACGAUGAAGAACAUGAUAUGGUACGCAGCAUAGAUUCUAAGUUGGAAAUCUUGAAAUUUGUGAUACUAGUAAUUGACUAUCAGUCUAAAUCCCCCUCCAAUAUAACCAGCUUUUCUUUGUCACAAGUCCCACCAAAUCAUUCACUCAUCAAACAGUCAAUAGAGGCUGAAGCAUACGGCCUAGUGGACGUAGUGUUGAAAGUUAUUACCAAUGAUAUACUCAUACCGCCAUUGGUCACUGCCGUAUUUAACCAUUUUUCAGUUCUAGCAAGAAGAAAACCCCAAUUCGUUUCAAAAAUGUUAAAUGUGAUAGAGAAUUUUGACACCAAUACAAAAUUACAGUCAAAUUAUCAGACGAUCGAUGAAUAUAAGCUAUCUAAAAAAUAUGUUGAUAGAAUCUUGAGAAUUUUCUUAAACCAUCUAUUAAGGAACCAGCUAGUGCCUUCCAAUUACACUUCUUCAUUAAAUAAAAAAUUAUCACUCUUGGUGAAUCGCGGUGACGAUAUCAGAAAGAAAAACAUAUUACUGCCAUCACCAGAAGAUUCGAAUAUUAAGAAACGUAAAUUUGACGGAUUUGUUAAUCCAUCAAAAAGGUGCAAGACAAACGACUACAAAAAUUUGUAUUGCUUAACUGACUCAACCAACGAAUUAAAUAAUUUUGAUAUAGCAACACUUCCACAAAACAUGUUGAUAUCAAUGACAUUGGCAUCUCUUAACAAGGUAAGCACUAACAAAUUGAACAAAGCGUUGGAUAUUAUUGGUGAGAGAUAUAAAUAUGCGGUGGCUAACUUUUCGCCUACAGAAAUUAAAAAAGAGCAGGAGGGAGAGUACGAUGAUGAAGAUAAUGAUGGUGAUGACUUCAGCCCAGAAACUAACUAUACCUUACCACCACCAAAAGACCUUUCAUACCAAGAUAAGAAAGAACAUAUUAAUUUGAUUAUAAAGAACUUUUUCAAAUUAGCUGAUAAAAACGUAUCUGAUGUUGAAGAAAAACAAGAGUUGGGUGGUAAGGAUACCGUAACUAAAGAAUUAACAAAGAUCGCCAUCAAAGCGUGGAAAAAGGAUUCUUGGUUUGUAUUAUUGACAAGAUUAGCCACUCGUGGUAUGAGAACAGUUGAUUCUACAAAGACAGUUAUAGGUUCAGAAAAGGUUGAAAAUGAAAGCACUGAUGUUGCUCAAAACGAGGAAUUGAGUGAUCUAAUUAGACAAUCUAUUUUCGACCACUUCCUCGAUAAUGUACACUCAAGAAUAGACUUAAUCAUUGAGUGGCUCAAUGAAGAGUGGUACAGCGAGAAGGUAUUCAACGAAGACGUGGUGUACAAACAAUUAACAGAAAAAUAUAUUGAGGAAUAUGAAUCAAAUCCUGUUGAAAAUGAUUCAGUUGAAGAGAGAGUUAAUAGAGAAAUCGAUAAUAUAGAGAUUCCAACCCCAACUUACAACAAAUGGACUGGUAAGGUUUUAGACUCCUUAAUUCCAUUUUUGGAACCAAACGAUAAGAAAAUAUUUAUCAGAUUAUUAUCUGACUUACCCUACUUAAAUGAAGAUUUAGUGUCGAGAAUCAAAUCGUUGUGUUUUGACCCAGUUAGGUCUAAAAUCGGGUUUUUGUCUUUGCAAUUCUUAAUCAUGUACAGACCUCCCGUAAAACUGGCAUGCAUACAUAUUCUCGAAGACCUCUCGAACAGUGACCAAGAGGACCUUAAAGAAGAGGCAACUAAAUUAUUGAAAAAAUAUGAACAAUAG